AUGCGAGGCGCAGGCACAGCUGUUGAAGAAACCGCAGACUCUGCAGAAAAGCGCGAGUGUCAGCCCCUUCGGGCGGAGGAAGAGCUCAGGAGAAGCUCUUGGCCCACCGUCUGGGUUCUGGCCCUUGAGGCAGGGAGGAAAGAUACAGACUUCUAUUACCUGCCAUCUUCAAUAUUCACAGCAACCAGAAGAGGGGAAGUUGCUGGAAUCUGGGUGAAGUUCCCCAGCGGGAUCCCAGUAAGACUCCGCUCGCUCCCCAGGGAGCAGUUCCUGACAGCGCUGGACAAGACCAAGUUCCUGGGCCCGCAGGGGCUGACCGUGACCCAGUUCCAGGGCGUCAUGCGGAACCCCAUGGUCCUCGGGGCCACUGAAGCCUUUCACCUGCUGGUGAACCACAGGAGUGUGGCCAGUAUGAGCGUGACCGUGGCAGAGAUCUACAGGGACUGCAAGGACGAGGACGGCUUCGUGUACAUGACCUGCGCCUCCCAGGAGGUGUUUGGGGGCUUGGGGUCGGCAGCCGCAUCCUGGGGGCAGACCCUGCCAUCCUCUCCAGCGUGUGUUGACGCAGUCCUCUGA